AUGUCUGCCUCCUUCCGCUCCAUCCGCGCCCUCGCGCCCCUCCUCGACCGCGUCCUCGUCCAGCGCGUCAAGGCCGAGACCAAGACCGCCAGCGGCAUCUUCCUGCCCGAGUCCUCCGUCAAGGAGCUCAACGAGGCCAAGGUUCUCGCCGUCGGCCCCGGUGCCCUCGACAGAGAUGGCAAGCGGUUACCCAUGGGCGUUGCCUCUGGUGACCGUGUCCUGAUCCCCCAGUUCGGCGGCUCCCCGGUCAAGGUCGGUGAGGAGGAGUACCACCUCUUCCGUGACAGCGAGAUCCUCGCCAAGAUCAACGAGUCAUAA